GUUGUAUUAUACAGACAACAGUACACAGAUGCUUGAAGCAUUUUCAAUAUAUGUAUAAAUUUUCACAUUUCACACUCACAUUUAUACAUUUUCAUACAGUUUUCCGUAAAUUACAACCAAAAUGACUUCGAUUGUGGGUCACACCCUGCAUCUUGAGAAAGAUGCGCCGUUGCCUUACUGGGCCAAAGUGGACUGGAGCCCAGAGAUUGAGCAUGAUAUUUAUAGAGAUUGGGGUACUUACUAUUUUAAUCGUCGUAGAGAGAACUUUGCUAUGCACUACUAUACUAAGGCAUUGGAAAUGGAUGACGGGGAUUUUAUGACACUCUAUCGUCGCAGUCAGACUCAAAGAAAGGCAGCUCGAAUUGAAGGAGCAUUGAAUGAUGCCACAAAAGCUUCAGUAAUGGCCCUAAAGAAACGUGGGGCCAGUUGUCCAAUCAAUCUGCAAAUAUGUGAUGCACUCUUUGAGCUGAAUCAGUUCGAGAACUGCAACAAAGAAUUGCAUGACAAUAUGAGAGUUUUCAUUGGCGUCAAAGCCAAAACUUUCGAGAAGCGUCUCGUUGUGGUUGACGAUGUCAUCAAGGAUGUCACUGGCAAGGCCAUGUCCUUAUUUUUCUUGAGAAACCAAAAGUUGAUUCGACACGUUAGCGAACUCACCAAAGCAAAGGCUAUUGUUGAUAAGCGUAUUCUUUGGAAGAAAUUGAGGGAUCAGAAGAAGUGUGAUGUAGUAAGCAUCUUAGAAACGGAAGAAGAAAUAUUACCUCCCAUAGAAAUAGCACGCAGAAAGCGCGCUUUUAACGUAGUGCACCAAACGUACAUGAAUGAUUCUUGGUAUGAUAUUCUUUUCAUGAAGAACUUGAGAAAGAAUCCCAGUUUGUUGCUGCCGCAAUGUAAGCGUUCGAACAGCUUUGUGGAAAGCCUCGUUAAUAAGCAAUACGAUAUUGUUCGACAAUUUAUGAAAAUGUUACAAUGCCGUAAUCCCCUUUAUUACGUCAGUUUUCUUAAGUAUCCCAACAAAAAGAUGCUGGAGAAAAACAAAGAAGCGAAUCUAUUUCGUGUGCAGUAUCAAACAUUCAGGAAUAUGAUUGCUGAUCUUAAACAUAUACGCUUGCUUCGUAAGGAAAAGAGAAUUACAACGCUUUGCGAUUAUGUUGAAAAAGUCAUGGGUGAUUAUUAUGUGACAAAAAGAAACCGCGUCAUGUGCUGGAAAUUUGAAUUCAUAAAUGAGGUAUACAACACUCUCGCUCUUGCUCUCUGUGAUCAGUUUGUCGUACCCAAGCAUUUUAGAAAUGCCACAAAUGCAAUGACACGAUUGUUGCACCUUUCGAAAGACAGUUUUAAGGACAUUGUGCCAUUUGUUUUCGGAGAUCGUUCCACCUAUCAGCAGGGUGAUGACCAAGACCUCGAAGGCAAAAGAGCGAGGAGACUUCUCGUCCGCAUGGAUAGACGUAUUCGGUUUGCCAAAUAUUCUAUCGAGAAGUGUUAUUUGUAUCACAAGAUGGCAAUGAUUCAAUUGAGUCAACUCCACUAUGACGAAUGCUGUUUUAAUGCUCGUCGAGCUAUCAAAGAAAGUCAAAAUUGCAAUAGCUUGAUUUGGCGAUUCUUAAGUAUCAUGCAGAUAACCAAAGCGAAUGUGGCGCAGCAUAAAUUGGAGCGCACUAGAGAAUCUUUAGAAGAAGCUGUUCCUGUUGCAACACUGCUGCGAUCACAAAAGCUAAUCAAGUUUAUAGAGGUGUGCACAUCUGUCAAUGAUGAUGAGUACCAUCGAAAACAAAACUCAAUAGCUAGUCAAAGGUCCAGCAAGGCAUCAGUAUUAACUGAGAUGUCACGUAGCCGCUCGGAUGCUGACUUGGACGUGAACGAUCCAGAAGUAACAUAUAAAAUUGUCUAAAUGAAUGUGAUGUACCUCUCUAAUGUAAUGCGUAGUAAUAACAAAAUAUGCAUUUGUCUGUCGAUGCAUAGAAAAAAAAACUGAAA